AUGAAGGAUCCGAAUUGGAGGAAGGCCAUGAACAUGGAAUUUGACGCCGUGUUGAAGAAAUCAGACAUGGAUUGGAAAGCGGAUGGAUCCAUUGAUCGCUACAAAGCUCAACUAGUUGUUAAAGGAUUUCAUCAGCAAGCAGGCAUUGACUAUGGUGAAACCUACAACCUUGUGGUUAAACCCUUCACAAUAAGUCUUAUUCUCUCUAUUGCUAUUUCUGGUGGCUGGCCAAUCCACCAAAUUGAUAUACAAAACGCUUUCCUUCAUGGAAGGAUAUAUGAGGCAGCUCUCAUCGCAGGGUCAGACAAAAAACAGAAGAAGGAAUGGCUUCCACCAUGGCUAAAGUGGCAAACAGAGCCCAAUAUGAGAGUACAUGAGCCCAUUGGCAGUCAAACUCUCAUGAAGUCUAAUGCCCAGUUGCGGCAUGAAGGUCAAGGCGAAGCACCUCAGUCUCAUCCAGCUCUGGAUGAUCAGCCUGCAGCAGCUUCCUCAUCUCAGAUUGCUCUCCUGCUUCCACUUUAUGAUGCUGGAUAUACUCAGAUUAUGGCUGCCUUGAGCUCUAUUCAGUACGAUGUCAGCUCUAUUCAGCAAGAGGUCAGCUCUAUCAUUCUCAGAGUGGAGCAGUGCCAGCUUGAUAUCUAG